AUGUUAGCCGCCUUAAAUCGAUUCAUCUCCAAGUUCGCUAAUCGCUGCAGACCAUUUUAUCAACUCCUGAAGAAGUGGAAGGGGUUUCAGUGGGAUGAGGAAUGCGACAAGGCCUUUCAAGACCUGAAGGAGUACUUGGCACAAGCGCCCAUGUUAACGGCCCCGGAGUCCGGAGAAGAUUUAUUUAUGUACCUCUCGGUGUCCAAUCACACCGUGAGUGCUGUAUUGCUAAAGGACCGAGGAGUGCAGCAGUCGGUGUAUUACAUAAGAAAAACUUUAGUAGAUGCUGAGACGAGAUAUCUGCCCUUGGAGAAGCUAGUAUUGGCUUUGGUGCACGCCACAAGGAAGCUGCCGCAUUACUUUCAGGCUCAUACUGUGUUCGUCCUCACCGAGUAUCUCCUGCAGUCAUUGUUAAAAAGAUCAGACUUCACGGGCCGAAUAGCCAAGUGGGGAACUCGGUUGGGUUCAUUCGACAUAAGGUACAGGCCGCGAAGCUCGGUGAAAGGACAGGUUCUUGCUGACUUCAUUGCAGAAUUCACCCCCAAGGACGAUGGGAAGAUAAUCUGUAAUGUAGAAAAUCGCCCGUGGAAGGUGUUCGUGGACGGCGCUUCGAAUGCUAUGGGGGCCGGAGCCGGUAUUGUCAUAAUCACCCCUGAGGGCAUACGAUUAGAGCAUUCCUUCAGAUUGGGAUUCAGGGCCUCUAACAAUGAAGCCGAAUACGAGGCCUUUCUAGCCGGAUUGAGGGCCGUAUUGUGUCUAGGUGCGAAGGAUGUGGAGAUUUAUUCAGAUUCUCGGCUGGUUGUUUAUCAAAUCCUAGGAAGUUUUGAAGCUCGGGACUCUCGAAUGAAAGCUUAUCUGAGUAUAGCUAAGCAAAUCAUUAGCAAGUUUGGGACAGUGAAGGUAGCCCAGGUAGGUUGGGCACAAAACAGACACGCUGACUCGCUAGCCACGUUGGCCUCGUCGACUACCGAGGAGAUUCCUUGGCUCAUCAAAGUAGAACUUAUAGGGGAGCCAAGUAUCGGUAUGGAAGAUAAUUGUAACCCUGCCGGGGUUGAGGUGGCCGUGGUAUCAGUAACCAAUCCGUGCUGGAUGAACCUAAUCAUAGAUUUCCUGGCCGAGGAUAAAGUUCUGGAUGAUGAAAAAGAGGCCAAAAAGAUUUGUCGAGUGGCUCCCUGGUAUUGGCUGUCGGCAGAUCGCAAAUUGUACCGGAGGUCUUUCGCAGGCCCGUACCUUUUAUGCUUACAUCCCGAUAAAGUAAAUGAACUUCUGACCGAGCUGCGUGAAGGAGUGUGUGGCGGUCAUGUUGGGGGGCGAUCUUUAGCACACAGGGCGAUGACCCAAGGGUUUUGGUGGCCGCAGAUGCAGAAGGAUGCAGCGAAAUAUGUCCGGAGGUGUGAACAAUGCCAAAAACACGCCCCUCUAACAGGGUUCUUGGGGUGA